AUGAAAUUGCGCACAAAUGAUUCGGCAUUCGGAUCCGAGAUGUACAAGAGUACCAGCAGCCGGGUAAGCAGAAAUUAAAUCCUUUGAGACUCUUACAAGACUAACGAAUGUCGCAAAUCUGAAGGGAGAUACGUGAGGAAUAAAAGACCAUGUGCUUUUUCACCUCAACUCGACAUUUCCUAGCUCAAAUUCUUUCCAAAAUUGUUGAAUUCGGGUUGUGAUUUGUCAGAACUCUCUUUUUAGACAUCUAAAUGCACUACAUACAACCCAAGAUUAAUCUUGAUUUAUCACUUUUAUUGACUCUCUGAUCACUUUCAACUGUUUCAGGGAUCUGUCAGGUCGAGCCUCUGGUCUUCCCUGUUCUCCGAAAGCAAUGUUCCCUCAGAUGUGGCCUUCUACAGACGCGCUUCAUGGCUGGAGGAGUACGCCAAUCAAAGAGCUCAGUAUCUCGACGAUAAAUCGGUGGAAAGACGACGGAUCAGAGAGCAAAACAGACCCCGUCUCAUCAAUUACCUCAUUAGACUCUUGCCUUGUACUCGGCCAAAACAAAAACAUUCUGAGGGCAACAACAAACUACAAGGCAGUGAUUCCAGUCGAACCAGUCUGAACUCAAUGCUGCAGGUAAGGAAAGUUACAUAGUCCAAGGGGAAUAUACGGACUGAGAGACCCCUUUUCUCUCUUUGUUACCCGUGGACCAUACAGCGAUGACUAAUGGGAAAACUAUCGCUUUCUGCCCUCAGGGUUUACAAAUUCAAAUCAUCGAAUAAUUUCAAAUAUGAGAAUCCCAGAGAGAGCAUGCUAACGUCGCUGAUUACAGGAAACGGAAGAAGCGACCACCCGUCCCCAAAGGGUAAUAAUGAUAACAUCUUCACUGUGACGCCCUAAGGGCCUGUACGGAUCGAAAAAAGAGCUUGGAAGAGAGGAAACGAUCGAAAAGAUGGAAGAACAAACACAUCUCCCCUUCUCCCCUCACACGAAACCAUUCCCCACAAGUUACAUUCCGAAUAAACAAUUUAAAUACUGCGCAACAAUUGGGGCAGUUGCCUAGCAACGCAGCGCCAGAAAGGGCGCCGAUCCGCGCCAAUCUGCUAACGCAAUGGCGGCUUUCGGAGUCGGCCCUCGGGUGCUGAACACGGAUUAUGCCCUCAGGUGCGGAAAGGAAAUGAAAAAUGAAUUCCCAAAAUGA